AUGGCCAAUCCACCUAAAGCCGGACACAGACCACUCAGAUUCAGGAGUGAUGGGUUUCAGCAACUAUUAAUUGACUCUGAUCCUGAGGAUAAUCUAUCAAAUCUUCUUACAGGGGUUAUCGAGGAUCAGAAAAAACAUUUCAGAAACUGCACCCCUCGUGAUAGGACAAUCAGUCAGGCACGGCCGCGGGCGCCCCCUCGCUGUCAUCAGCUUUCUUUGCAGGCAUUUGUAAGGGACAGCCCUAGAAAGCCCCACAUAGACGCGGCGCGCUUACUGUCACUUCCGCCAUUCUCUGAGGCCCCUCCGUCCUGCCCACAAAGAUGGGCGCUGCCCGUGCAGAGAUGCUGGUUGAGGCUGCGGGCGCUGACCUUCUCCUGGCCGGCGGCGGGUUACCAUGCCAAGCCGAGGAUCCUGGGGCUGGACACCAUCUAUAAACCCGAUCCUCACCACCCGGACACCAAGCCCUGGCACAAGGGACCGGCCUACGAGGCCAAGCUGUACGGCCGCCAUGGCAGCGCCUCGGGGGUGAAGCCUGAGAGUCUGUGGCCGAGCCCUGAGCAGCUCCGGGCCCUGGAGGAGGAAGAGAAGGAAUGGUGCCCGAGCCUGGGGGAGAUGCUGGAGCGGGUGGAGGCCAAGGAGAAGGAGCUACAGCGGAUACAGAGGGAAAGGGAGCGGCUGAUUGCAGCUAACAUGGCAAAAAUGCCCAAGAUGGUGGAGGAGUGGCGCAGAUCGAAGAAGGAAGCAAAACAGAAAGCACGAGACGAGAAAGCCCGCAAGGAACGUCUCUUGGUAAUCGCCCGUGAAAGGUUCGGCGUCCAUGUAGACUUCCGUAGCGCUAAGUUUCAGGAGAUGAUGAAAGAGCUGGAGAAGGAGGAGAGAAAGAAAAUGAAAGCCGUGAAGAGGAAGCAAAAGGAAGAAGAGAGGGCGGCAAUGCUGAAUGCAAUCCCUACGGCUGCUCCGCCGCCCCCAGCCCCUGAUACUUCUGUGUGAGGCCCAGUCACUGGAACAUAUUGUUCUACUAGAACAGGGCUUUGGCACCUUAAUACAACUUUUAUUGUACUAGGUGUUCCUGCUUAAAGGAGUACUCCGGGCCCUAAGACAUCAUAUCUACUAUGCAAAGGAUAAGGGAUAAGAUGUCUGUUCGCUGGGGACCCCUACAAUCUCUCAUGCAGCACACACCUGUCUCUGCUGCAUGAAGCGAUGAUCGCUCCGUGUCUGAAGCCUCACGACCAUGGUGCCGGAUUAUCGUGAUGUCACAACUCCGCCCCCUUGUGACGUCACACCCCACCCCCUCAAUGCAAGUCUAUGGGAGGGGGUAUGAUGUCACGAUAAUCCGGCCCCGUGGUCGUGAGGCUUCAGACACAGAGAUCAUCGCUUCAUGCAGCAGAAACGGGUGGGUGCAUGAGAGAUUGCGGACGUCCCCAGUGGCGGGACCCCUGUGAACAGACAUCUUAUGCCCUAUCCUUUGUAUAGGGGAUACGAUGUCUUAGGGCCAGAGUACCCCUUUAAUCCAAGGAGGAAGUGACCUGUGAUGUCAUUCUAUUGUCAUGGAGGAACCUUUGUGUAUAAACUGACUGUACAGAGACUGGAGGAAAUGCCCUUUUACAUCAUUCAAAACACUGGAUGUGUGUGAACAGGAUUUAUAAUAAAAUAAGCACUUAAAAAUGUAA